CCUGCCGUCGGGGUGAGUCUCGGGGCGUCCGGCGCCUCGGUGAUGGGCCUGGCGUCGCCCGCGACCACCGAGGCCCCGGUCUCGACCCCGGCCCCGCGUAGCAGCCAGGCAGAGUUGUCCGCAGGGAACGAGAACGGGACCUCAGAACAGCAUGUCCGGAUUCGAGUCAUCAAGAAGAAAAAGAUCAUCAUGAAGAAGCGAAAGAAGCUAACUCCCCCCAGCCCCCCAGUGACUGCCAGGGCUUCAGUGACCACCAGCCCUGCAAGGACCUUUGACCUCCCCGAGAAGCAAGAACCAGACUGUCCCCCUUUGGGCCUGGAGUCCCUGCGAGUUUCAGAUAACCAGCUCGAUGCAUCUAGCAGCCAGUCCUUUGGUCUUGGACCACACCGAGGACGGCUCAACAUCCAGUCAGGCCUGGAGGAUGGUGAUCUUUUUGACGGGGCCUGGUGUGCCGAGGAGCAGGAUGCCGAGCCAUGGCUUCAGGUGGAUGCUAGGCACCCCACCCGCUUCUCAGGCAUUAUCACACAGGGCAGGAACUCCAUCUGGAGGUAUGACUGGGUCACAUCAUACAAGGUCCAGUUCAGCAAUGACAGUCUUACCUGGUGGGGGAGUAAGAAUCGCAGCAGUGGGAUGGACGCGGUAUUUCCUGCCAAUUCGGACCCAGAGACGCCAGUGCUGAACCUCCUGCCUGAGCCGCAGGUGGCCCGUUUCAUUCGCCUGCUGCCCCAGACCUGGCUCCAGGGAGGUGCAUCCUGCCUCCGGGCAGAGAUCCUGGCCUGCCCCGUCUCAGAUCCUAAUGGUCUAUUCCCUGAGGUCCCUGUGCUGGGAUCCUCCGACACACUGGACUUCCGGCAUCAUGAUUAUAAAGCCAUGAGGAAGCUGAUGAAGCAGGUGAACGAGCAAUGCCCCAACAUCACCCGCGUCUACAGCAUCGGGAAGAGCCACCAGGGCCUGAAGCUGUAUGUGAUGGAAAUGUCGGACCAGCCUGGGGAGCAUGAGCUGGGUACUGGCAGGUGGGGUGGGAGAGGUGGGCGCAGCGGCGGGGAGGGGCAGGGGCAUGAGCCAGUUGCGAGCACCUGUGUGCUCCCAGGAGAGCCUGAGGUGCGCUACGUGGCCGGCAUGCACGGGAAUGAGGCGCUGGGGCGGGAGUUGCUCCUGCUCCUAAUGCAGUUCCUGUGCCGUGAGUUCCUGAGAGGGGACCCGCGGGUGACCCGGCUGCUUGCCGAGACGCGCAUUCACCUGCUGCCCUCCAUGAACCCUGACGGCUAUGAGACUGCCUUCCGCCGGGUAGGCCACUUGGCCCGAGGGCCAGCCUGCUCCUUCUGUCGCGGUGCCCGGAGCCUGCUUGGCUUGAACAAACCUCGUCCCUGGCAGGGCUCGGAGCUGGUGGGCUGGGCAGAGGGCCGCUGGAACCAUCAGGGCAUUGACCUUAACCAUAAUUUUGCUGACCUCAACACACCACUGUGGGAAGCAGAGGAUGAUGGGCUGGUGCCUGACACUGUCCCCAACCAUCACCUGCCACUGCCUACUUACUACACCCUGCCCAAUGCCACUGUGGCUCCUGAAACGCGGGCAGUGAUCAAGUGGAUGGAGCGGAUCCCUUUUGUGCUAAGUGCCAACCUCCACGGGGGUGAGCUCGUGGUGUCCUACCCCUUCGACAUGACUCGGACUCCGUGGGCUGCCCGUGAACUCACGCCCACCCCAGAUGAGGCAGUGUUUCGCUGGCUCAGCACUGUCUAUGCUGGCACUAAUUGGGCAAUGCAGGACCCAGAUCGCCGACCCUGCCACAGCCAGGACUUCUCCUUGUAUGGCAACAUCAUCAACGGGGCUGACUGGCACACAGUUCCUGGGAGCAUGAAUGACUUCAGCUACCUACACACCAACUGCUUUGAAGUCACUGUGGAGCUGUCCUGUGACAAGUUCCCUCACGAGAACGAGCUGCCCCAGGAGUGGGAGAACAACAAAGAUGCCCUUCUCACCUACCUGGAACAGGUGCGCAUGGGCAUUGCCGGAGUUGUGAGGGACAAGGACACGGAGAUUGGGAUUGCUGAUGCUGUCAUUGCCGUGGAUGGGAUUAACCACGAUGUAACAACGGCAUGGGGUGGGGAUUAUUGGCGCCUGCUGACCCCAGGGGACUAUGUGGUGACUGCCAGUGCUGAGGGCUACCAUGCAGCGACUCGGAACUGUCGGGUCACCUUUGAAGAGGGCCCUGUGCCCUGCAAUUUCCACCUCACCAAGACUCCCAAACAGAGACUUCGAGAGCUGCUGGCAGCUGGGGCCAAGGUGCCCCCGGACCUUCGGCGGCGGCUGGAGCGGCUGAGGGGACAGAAUUAACACCUCUAGCCGAAGAGCCCCAGAGCCUUGGGCAGGCUGGACCUGUCCGGAACUGAAGGAGGGGGCACGGAGAGUUGGGAGGGAGGGACAAAGUAGGGGGAAAGGUGCUCAGGCUCAUUAAAGCUGUUUGGCACCUCA